AUGGCUGCGGUGGCCAUCGACGACGAGGAAGAAGCGCCAGCAGUACAGCGGCGGGAGGAACACGCCGACACGGUGUGGGGAAGCGACGACGACGGUGAACACGUUUACGACUAUCGUCCGUCAAGGUUCUCGCAGCCGUUCGGGAUGGGAGCAGCGGCAGCAGCGGCGUCUGGAGUGGCGCCGGCCGGCACAGAAAUGGCACCAGCAUCGCACGCGACCACGUCAUGGGGAUGCGACGGGGAUGACGAAGACAGCAGUGUUAGGGAACAGUCCUCUCCGUGUUCGCAGUCGUUGAGGACUGCAGAAGGAGGCGCACGUGCGACGGCCGCAGUCGGUGUGAACCCGCAACAACCGCUGUCUCCGGCGCGGUAUUACCAUCAUCGACACGAUAGCGAUGAGGUCGUGGUCGCACCUUUGUGGAUGCCCCACGCGCAAGGCCAAUCAGGGCCGGGCGAACCCGAUGAUCUGUGGGCAGACGAAGGCGAUGGAAGGAGCGGCAACACGAGCCGUCCCCGCGGGAACGGCAACAAUCCGAACAGCAAUGUAGCGUGGGGUUUUGGAGGCCCCCGGCUGAGCGCAACGCUCCCGGCGUUGGACGAUGUAGACCUCACGGCCGAUAACGAAAACAACUCGUCGGAGGCCGCAGACCUCGCCGCGACAGUACCGGCGGGAAGAAUCUCAACGCCGUUGACGAUGACCCCGUCGCCUUGGUUCAAUGCGUCAGGGCGGGACUUUACGCGACAUUCCUCGGCGGGCGGCAACGACGAUGGCAAAGACCGCUGCAAUCCGCACGAUUUGCGGUCGACAUCAACGCCGCCGCGCGUGGGCGGCGGCGCGUGGUUUGGCCGUUGGUUCACGCUCAACGUUCCGCGAUGCUGGCGGCCUCCCGGCGCGGCGGAAAGCUCCCCGAUGCACGAGGUGCGAGCAGCAAAGUAUGACUUCGCCAGCAAGCCCCAGAGGCCUGUAAUCCCACCCGUGCGAGAUCGUCGUCGGUCUUGGCUGCAGCGACCGUCCGCGUUCGUGGCACGGCUCCGAAGGAGGGCGGUGAGGGAGUUGGGGCCAAAAAAGACGCCGGGCGGCGGCCUCGGCGCGAAGCAAGACGACGACGGCUCGGGGGUGCGGGCGUGGGGGUGGGGGGAUAACUUCAGGAACGCGCCCGGGCUGAUUGGUCGCCUGGCGGUCUGCAUCUUGGCCGUGUGCGCGCUUUGGUCCACCAGCCUGAGCGUUGUAGUGGACAUCACGGGUUACGUCAUCCCGUCCCCCAGUUUGACGGACGUCAUUAUCGCGGUGCUCCACGCGUACUACAUCGUACAAGAGCAGCGAGAAGCGAGCCAGGAGUGCGUUGCCCGCCAGAGUGUCUACUGCGACCUGGACAUAUCGAAUUUCGAGGCCUUGGCCAGAGACGCGAGCGUUGCGUCGUUAGCCUCGACCGCCGCGACCUUCGAGCAAGCCGAGUCCUGGACGGAUUCCUGCGAGGCGUCCGUGCGAGAGGUGGAGGUGUCCAUCAAGACCUGGCUAGCACAGGGGAUCGGCCACGGCCUGCUUUACUCGAACACGACCAAGUCAACAACCAGCAGCGCCAGCAGCAACAGCAGCGGUAGCAAUAGCGACUGCAGCCCCACCGACCGCGCGCUCGUGGCCGACUUCCUCGGGGACGUCUCUCCCGGCCGUGACGACCUCGCCUCGGCCACCUCGAGCUUUGCCCGGAUCUCCGCCGAAACGGUCACCACGCUCUCCUCCUACGCGCUCGAGCGCUCCGCGUACGACGCCGCUUUCGUCGCCAACGCCUCCUCCGAGAUCGCCGUAGAUGCGGUGGCCCUGCUGGAGAAUGUCACCCUCGAGAUCCCAGAGUCUAUCUUCGAGUCCCUUGAGGGUAUCUCGGCCCUUGGGGACGCUCUCAUGUCUUGCGUGUCGCUGCGAGGCGAAGACGACGACGGCGGGGCGGCGGCGGCGGCCUGUCCCGUCGAGAGCGCCCGCGAGCUCACGGACGCGGCGAGGGAGGAGCUGGACUACCAGCUGGAAGUCGCGCGGGCGGCAUUCCAGGAGUACGCGGACACGUACGAGGAGUACAAGGCCAGCGCCGAGGAGUCGUACGACAACUGGAUAGCCUUCUAUUCCGGCGUGAUGCUUCUCCUGGACGACCACAGGGUCGACAUCACAGGCUCCGGGCCUUGGUCCUACCUCACCGAGUCGGACUUCACGAUCCCGCCCGUCGAGGUUCCCUCGGCGAGCGGGGUCCUCUCCGACUUUGGCGACGCCCUAACCUCCUCCGAGAUCUGGGAGACCGUCAGCGGAGCCUACGGCAACUACUCCGACGGCAUCUCCUCCUGGAGCGACCAGAUCACCGCCGACGUCGAGGCCCUGAGGGAAGAGUGGCGCGCCCUGACGAGUGCAGCCCUCGCCAACAUCUCCGUGAGCCCCCUCGCCCUCGAAGACUACAACCCCCCGCUGUACGGCAACUCCUCGACACAGACCGACUCGAGCGCCCUCCUGGACUCGACCGGUUCGAAAUUUCAGGCUCAGGCGGACGGGUACUCGUCGAACUCGUUGGCCCUUCUCGAGGGGCUUGGGCCCGCGGGCCCGAAUCUGUCGUUCCCGGCCUCCCCGUCGCUGAACUCCACCCUCCUGGUAGGCGGCGCGUCCACCGUCCUCCCCUCGCCGGUCGACUACACCUUCGCCUCCUUCACCGCCACCGACGUAAGCUUCGACAGCUGGGUGGUCUCGCUCGGCAACAUCGCGCUCCUGCUCCUCGCCGCCGACUACAUCUUCCGGACCGCGUCUAGCCUGCGCCUGUUCGUCCGGUUCUGGGGCCGCGGCGGGCUCGGCCUGCCCGACGCCGACGUCCGCGUGGACAAGGCCGCCGCGAGCGCUGGCGGGGCGGCCGCCGGCCUCCGCAGGGGCGUGGCGCGGGUGCUGAUCCACCCGGCCACCACCGUGUUCUUCUCCGCUGUGGUGCUGUCGCUCGUGCUGUACAACCUGGCCUCGGUCUACGGCCCGCUGUUCGCCGACUACAGGGCGGGCUGUGUGGAGAAGUCCCAGAACGGGAGCUUCUUCGGCCAGAACGUGUACUCCGUAGCGUAUAACUACGCGGCCGAGGAGGGCAACCGGGACCAGUGGACCUAUCAGGAGGAUCACACCAGCCGGCGAGGGGCGCUGUGCGUCGAGCUGACCGCCGACGUGCGGCAGUACCUCGCCGAGACGGACGCACAGCUGAGGAUCAUGUACGAGGCGCACUACGAGGACGUGACGGCGGCCGCCACCCUCGCCUCCUGCAUCGACAUCGCGGAAAUGGAAGCGCUGUACACGGAAGCUUGUUGCGGCUACGACGGGUACAGAAACGACACAUGCUCGUCAGCGACGGCGAACUCGAGCCUCCUCCAGUGCCCGCUAAACUAUGCCUCCGGCGUUGGCCAAGCGUUUCGUCCUCUGGAGGUCCUGCUGUCCGACCCAGCGUGUUCGGCGGAAACUUUGGAAACCACGAACUGGAAAGUCGAGGAUGGAAUCGCUCUAGACUGUGACACCAUCCCGACCUGCCGGAUGACGUGUGUGGGGCCCAACGAGGAGCUCCUCCAGGCCGUGACGAUUCACGCCGGGUGCAUGGUGGAGUGGUUCUUCCACGCUGGCACUGUCCGGGUAGCCGCCACCCUGCUCAUGUUCUUGUUCCUGAACGUUUCCCGAAUCGUCCUCUUGGGAGGAGUCGUCAAGCUUAACUGGAGUCGGCUGCACCCCGGGGUCUUCACGUACAAGGGCACCUGCACCAGAGCCGGCGAGCUUAUCGUCAAGAAUCCCGAGAAAAAAGCGGCCAGGAGCCGAGACAACGUCGCUGCCACCACCGCCGUCGCCGCUGCCGCCGGCAAGGCAACCCUUCCGAACAGCGGCAAGAGCCCCUUGGCUCGAGCGAAGUCGAGAAUAGCCUCACGGGCAAAAAGAAACGGCCCUUCACUCUCUCUUGGCAGCAGGGGCGGCGGCACUUCGAAGGAAAGAGGCGGCAGCAUCGGGGGUUCUGCCUCCGAAGACAUUGCGGGUUCCCCGCAACAAAAGGGAGAAGGGGCAGGGGGGAGCAAAGGAAAGGGGGGGCGUGGGCAACGAGCCGCCGCUGCCGCUGACGCCGCUACGGUUUCUCCACCCGAUGCGCCGGGAGAACAGCCAGUGACGUUCAAGCAAGUCAUAUCCGGUGCGGUUGAGGAAGGGCUGAGAGACUACGAGAAUGGCGCCCGGUGGCGGAUACUGUUCGGGAUUCUGCUGAACGUCCCUUGGAUGCUCGUGCUGUGGUUCGGGAGGGGGAGCAACACGGCCUACGUGGCAGAGUAGCAGGCUCGACAAAGAAAUCAGCACCUAGCAAGGCGACAGCACACAAGAUUUGAUGCCACCCUUCUCGCCGAACGCCGCUUUCCCUCGGACUUGUUUCGCCCGACUCAGAGGAGGCUGUCUGCGAUGCUUCCAUUCAGGCACGGUCCGGAUCGCCACCAUGCAGGGCGAGGCUUUUCUCAGGACAAAGGUUUCUGAGAGAGGGCGGCUCUCGUUGGUAUUAUGUGGGCCACACCCCAAAUUCAAACACCGUACUUUCUACGGCUGCGUCUGCCUACAGAGAAAAAUGCACCAAGGUGGUCUGUGCCAUCGACUGUAGGUACAAGCAAGCGCUGCUGAACGCACUCCUCGAGAAUCGAGGGGCAAGGGGAAGGCGGAGAGCGAACAGAGGGGAGGGAGCUCUACCCACCGCAUAUCUCCCGUACGACGGUAACCCUGGCUGCACCCAACCCCCCACAGAACUCCGUGCAAAAACACCAACCACAAUAUCGCUUUGCGCUGAGAUGCGCCAAAACAUGUUACAAUCUGUCUCACAAUUCGAAGAAGGGAACCCGCACGAUCGGUACCCUACCCCGCCACCCACCCAUAUCGACAAAAAAACACUUGCAAGACUCCUGCGUAGGUCACAGGCAUUUUCACGGCUCGGGGCAACCACAAAGUAUUGUAUGACCUACAAUGUUCCGAGCCUCGUCAAACGCGCUCUGGAAUGAUGCAUGAAAGAUGAGGAGGUUGAUUCUCCGCGCUUCAUAUAAUACUGCGAACGACGGGCCGGAGAAGGCCACGACAGGGGGACAAGAAGGCAUCAUGCUCCCACUCUCUCCCAAAUGAACGGCAUGCCCGUGCCCC